CGGUGCAUAACACCGUUUUCCAGCCAGGCUCACACCCAGCGCUUUUGCAGCCUGCCCAAGCCAGCAAGGAGGAAAGCGCUACCGGGGAGGAAGCAUACGGCCCGUGUGCUUUCCUUCUCUCUGGCUUGGGCGGUAAGCAGUUUUCAAUUCAAUUAUAAACGCUUGGUUGCGAUGUUUUUCUAAUUUUUUCUCGCGGUAAUUCUGGGCAUCACAACAAAGGAUGUGACAUCAUUCCUUUAGAUUUAGUGUGGGUCCAGACUCUUGCUCUAAAAGCACACGGCAAGCAGAACAGCACACGGCAGCAACGCCCUGGAUGGAUGGAUGGAUGGAUUGCUGCUGGUAAAAAAGCGUGCUUUCGUACUUCGAGCUAUGUAUGCCGAACAUUUAUUUACGAAGAACUUUAAAGAUGAAAUUGUGCUAAAAUUGGUCAGUUGACGAAGCCGUCAUGAGAAGCGUGAAGAAAGAAGGAGACGACGUAGCCCAGGCGUGAGGGACGUCACACGCGCCUUUCUCUAAUCGAAGAUGUCUCCAGCUCGCAGUGGUGAUUCCAACCCGACGGAAGACAACCUCAUAAAAAUUGAACCGGAGGACGACCUGGUCUUCAUAAAGGAUGACGCUGAGGACAGCAAGGCCACGGGAAAUGUUGUCAUUACCAACACGACGAAUGGCCACAUUACGUUCAAGAUUAAGACGAACAACAUCGAAGGCUACAAAGUGAAGCCUUUCUUUGGAGUCGUCCAAUCUGGAAAAACAUUCCAUAUUAAGGUGGAACAAAAUCCAGGUUCCGUAUUCCACGGGACAGAUAAGUUACUCGUCCUUACAACUCCUAUCGCCGCCGUGGAGAUGUCCCCCAAGGAACUCCUUGAUCUCUGGAAGACAGUCGCUAAGGACGCUAUCAAGGAACAUAGGCUCCGUCUGGUGAACCAUAACAACGUCCAAUCGAAGGUGAUGGUUACCAAGGAUGAAUCUGCGUAUCGGUCAGUGGGCUCCCUCCUCAUGAAGCCCAAGUCUCCAUCGCGGAAGGAUGUGACCAAGCAGGAGUCCAGCGUCUCCUUUGGUCCCAGCCGGCAAAGGCUGUCCACGGGCACAGCGCAGCUGGACAAUAUUCAGGAAGGCCUGGCUGAUCUCCAGUCCAAGCUGGGUGAGCUAGCCGUCGAAUUCCAGACGACAUCGAAGAACGUCGAGCAGAUAUGGUUUGUGGCAGGAGGAUCUGCCGUUGCCCUCUUGGCGACGUUGACGCUUCUCGUCGUCAUCAAGAUAUGUCUCUCAACUCCGGAAUGGUUUUGCUGAAGUCAGUCGCGAGAAAAUCAACUAUUGCUUGGAGACUCGCAAAAGGAAAAAUCCAUAAAAGGCUUAAAGCUUACAUCUCUAAGUUUGGCCUUCGUGGUGUGAGUUUCGGAGUUCAUGUUGCUGGAAAUUAUGCAAAUAUUAGACGUUCAUGUAGUCAUAACACAUUUACCAGAGUUCACUGGGCAAACUAUAAGUGCUGUCACACAAACUAUGAAUGCAAUGGGGUUCACUAAAUCAUCAUGAUCGAAAACUUGACAGCAAUGAUCUAACAAUAAAGUAUCAAGUUGUCUUA